AUGAGGCGGUGGGUCUUGGCCAUCGCCAUUCUUGCUGCUGCUUCUUCUGGCGGCGGCGCUCUUCUUUGGGGGCUGAGGCCCAGGCGGUCCAGCAGGGCCACCAGACAGAGAGGAUCUCAGCAUGGUUCUAAGACCAAGUAUAUUCUUUUCCCUACCUUUGUGCAAAGCCGUAAUGCUGUGGCCAAUAAAAAUGCAGGAAGUGCUGGUGACGUGUUAGAAGAUAACCCUGUUGGGAGGCUCAAGGUUUACGUCUAUGAUCUCCCCAGUAAAUACAACAAGAAGCUGCUGAAGAAGGAUCCUAGGUGCCUGAACCACAUGUUUGCCGCAGAGAUCUUCAUGCACCGGUUCCUGUUGUCAAGCGCUGUCCGGACUUUUAAUCCUGAGGAAGCAGAUUGGUUCUACACGCCCGUAUACACCACAUGUGAUCUGACUCCUUCGGGUCUUCCCCUUCCCUUCAAAUCUCCUCGCAUGAUGCGCAGCGCAAUUGAGCUGAUUGCCACGAACUGGCCUUACUGGAACAGAUCAGAGGGUGCAGAUCAUUUCUUUGUCACACCACAUGACUUUGGUGCUUGCUUCCAUUAUCAGGAAGAGAAAGCAAUUGGACGGGGAAUCCUUCCCUUGCUUCAGCGUGCUACACUGGUUCAGACCUUUGGACAGAAGAACCAUGUCUGCCUGAAGGAUGGGUCCAUCACAAUCCCACCAUUUGCACCUCCCCAGAAAAUGCAGGCUCACCUUAUCCCCGCAGACACCCCUCGGUCCAUCUUCGUGUACUUCCGUGGUCUGUUCUAUGACACCAGCAAUGAUCCUGAGGGUGGUUACUAUGCGAGAGGUGCUCGUGCAUCAGUCUGGGAGAACUUCAAGAACAACCCGCUCUUUGACAUCUCAACUGAUCACCCACCGACUUACUACGAAGACAUGCAGCGUUCGGUGUUCUGCUUGUGCCCAUUGGGCUGGGCUCCGUGGAGUCCCAGGCUGGUGGAAGCCGUGGUUUUCGGCUGCAUCCCGGUGAUCAUCGCUGACGACAUUGUCCUGCCAUUUGCGGACGCCAUCCCGUGGGAGGAGAUCGGUGUGUUUGUCGCCGAGGAGGAUGUCCCGAAGCUGGACAGCAUCCUGACGUCCAUCCCAACAGAUGUUAUACUGAGGAAGCAACGUCUCCUUGCGAACCCGUCGAUGAAGCAGGCCAUGCUGUUCCCCCAGCCUGCUCAGGCGGGAGAUGCGUUCCACCAGAUCCUGAAUGGGCUCGCGCGUAAGCUCCCGCACGGUGACAGCGUCUUCUUGAAGCCCGGGGAGAGGGUCCUGAACUGGACCGCAGGACCGCCAGGCGACCUGAAGCCUUGGUAG